GGACAUGUGUCCGACACGUCAGUAUUAGAAAUAAAACGCGUAGUGUCGGACGCGUUCCAGUACUUGGCGGUGCAGUAUACCGUGUAGCAUAUAUUUGAUAUCGUUUCGAAAAAUAUAUUAUAAAAGAAAAAGAUGAACUUUUCCUUAGAAGAGUCGCCGCUGGCGCGCACCGACCUUACCAGGGACAAAAUCUCCAAAUGGGUGGAAGGGCAGCGCAGAGGGGAAAAUAUAGACUUGGAUGUGUACGGGAAGCCCUCGGACAAGCAGCUACAGGAGCUGGAGAACGUCAGAAAACUGAGCAAGGAGCUGCAGGACAAUUUACAUGACUUAGAAAAUUCGGUUCGCAUAGCGGAAGUGGAAAACCAAGCUAUGAAUCCAACUGCACCCGUUCUCGACUCGUCGGAGGAACACGAGUUUGUCUCUGCGAACCAGCUCGACGAUUACUACUCGCAAGAAGAUCAAGCAGACGCGAAGGAAGCCGAAAAGCAAAGACUCACGAAGGGUAAAGCGAACAAAACAGAUAUCCAGAGGUUUUAUAAGGACCAGAGUGUGUUUUUGACGGGUGGGACGGGGUUCUUGGGUAAAGUUUUAAUUGAAAAGUUGUUGCGUUCGUGCGGCGACGUGGACACCAUCUACGUUUUGGUUCGAUCGAAGAAAGGCAAAGAUCCAACCUCGAGGAUUCACGACAUGCUCGAUGACUUUGUAUUUCAAAGGGCUCAUGAAGAAAAUCCCAAGGGUAUCCAUAAAGUAAUACCGAUUGUAGGAGACAUGGAGCUGCCGGGUAUGGGACUCAGUAAGGAGGAUAGGAAAAUGCUUAUUUCUAAGGUAACAAUAAUUAUAAAUUCAGCGGCUACGGUAAAGUUCGAUGAGAAACUGUCGAUAUCGACGGCCAUCAACGUGAAGGGGACUGUGGAGGUGAUCAAGCUCGCCAAGGAGUGCAGAAAUCUCAAGGCGUUCACCCACGUGUCCACCGCUUACUCGAACACACAUCUUAAAUACAUUGAAGAAAAAAUCUACGAGCCUCCGAUGACGGUAGAAGCGUUGGAAGCGAUCGCUCAGCUGGAUGAAAACUUAAUUGAGACUAUUUUACCAACGCUUCUGGGCAAGUGGCCGAACACCUACUGUCUCACGAAGGCGGUCGCCGAGGAAGCUGUCAGGAUACACGCUGAAGGCAUGCCGGUGUGCAUCGUGCGACCCUCUAUCGUUAUUUCAACGUAUGAGGAACCGGUUAGAGGCUGGACGGACAGUGUGUAUGGACCCAUGGGUCUGGUUAUCGGCAUCGGCACUGGGGUUAUACGAACGAUGUACAUGGACCUCAACAAAGUAGCAGAUAUGGUUCCCGUAGACCUCACAGUGAACGCCAUCAUCGCGUCCACGUAUCACACCGCGAACUCUUUCAAAGAGAAUCAAACGUCCGACAUACCGGUGUACAACUUCGUGUCAGGAAGCCAGAACCCCAUAACUUGGGGACAGUUUAUCGAAUACAAUAGGAAAUAUGGAUUACAGACUCCAACUAUGAAGGCUGUCUGGUACUACGGUCUCAACCCGACGAACUCCUACUACAUGUUUCAAAUCUACAAUUUCUUCCUCCAUUAUCUGCCGGCGCUGCUCAUCGACGUGUACUGCGCGCUCACCGGGAAACGGCGAGCGAUGUUAAAGUUCUACUCUAAAGUUACAAAAAUAGCCAAGAUCCUAUUUUACUUCUCGACACAAGACUGGCAGUUCAGCGACGAGGGCGUGCAGCGCAUGUGGGCGCGCACCUCCCCCUCGGACCAGACCGUCUUCCCAUUCCACUUCGGUGACAUGUCGUGGGACUACAUGGCGGAGACGUUCAUACUUGGCUUGAGAGUGUACUUGGUUAAGGAUGAUCUCUCGACGUUACCGGAGGCGCGGAAGAAAUGGAACAGGUUGUUCUAUCUCCACCAGCUCGUCAAAAUAACAACAUUCAGUUUAGUAAUUUAUUUAAUUUAUAUUCUAGUCACGAGUAUAUUUUCAUACAUAAUGGGUUAAGUAUUGAAUACAAAUUAUAUUAAUAACUUAUAAUAAGUGUACAAUAAAAUGUUAGUUUAAUUAUUAUAGGUGUUAUAUUUAAGAUUAAUUAUCUUAUAUAGUUAGACGGCCUUGGAAACGUUUAGCGGGUGAUUAGUUCAACAAUGUUGUCUUCUUCUAUCGAAUAUCAAAUCAAUAAUGACAGAAAGAGUGAAAUCUGUAUUUAACUAAACAGCUAAGCGACGUUUGUAAAUAAGGUUAAAUGUCAAACAAACUUGUGGUUAUGUUCUAUGGGACAAAUAUUAUGGCAAUCGUCAUUCGUGUCACAUUGACAAGCUUAAUUUAAUGAGAUAUGUUAUAUUUAUUUGUUCGACAAUAAAAUACUUUAAAAAAAAAUAAAAAUUAUCGUUAUAAUUAUUCGGCAAAUAAUGCAUAAGUCGUUACGCAGCUACUGAACGAUUUGAAUGAACCAAUUAUUGUACCAUAAUGAUCGUUAAGCUAACAUUUUUAUUGUAUUUUAGAUUAUUUUUACAAGGGCAACACUGAGAUUUUAAUUCUGUGAGAUUUGAUAAAAUGUAUUGUGAUUUGAG